AUGAAUGGGACACAGUCGGAGGUAGAUCUCCUGGACGCAGACGAGUAUGACCCGAUCGAACACCUAAAUCAGAUCUUCUCUCAUCCCUCCACCCUUUCCUCUGUCAGCCAGACGCACCAAAUACUGCAAGCCUAUCAAGAUGACCUCGACCAUGAAAUCGAUCUCCUCGAGGACGAGCAAGUCAGAGCCAACGCAGAAUGCUUGCUACGGAUGCAAGCUACAAAGGCAGAACUGGCUGAUCUUUUUGAGCGGAUCGACAGUGUCCGUGAAAGAGCCCUGCAGACUGAACGCAACAUAACCGAGAUGACAGCGGAUAUCAAGCAGUUGGACAAUACCAAGAAGAAUCUGACUCUAUCCAUGACAGCCCUGAAGAGGCUUCAAAUGCUGACAACUGCCUAUGAGCAACUACGAGCAUUGAGCAAGACGAAACAAUAUCGAGAAUGUGCCCAACUGCUUCAAGCCGUCAUCCAGCUCAUGGCGCAUUUCAAGUCGUACCGUUCAAUAGACCAGAUCGCUACUCUUAGCAGGAAUGUUGCUGAUAUCCAACGAGAACUUCUGGAACAGGUGUGCGAAGAUUUCGAGAUCACUUUCACCAAGGAGGAGGUGGCUCAGAAAAGAGGUCUCUUGCAUGAAGCAUGCUUGGUGGUGGACGCUCUCGGUGAUGCCGCGCGAUCCCGCCUAGUUACAUGGUACUGCAACACGGAACUACGUCAAUAUAGACAUAUUUUUAAGGGAGAUCAGGAGGCUGGUUCGCUGGACAACAUUGAUCGUAGGUACGCGUGGUUUAAAAAGACGCUGAAGGUCUACGAUGAAGACCAUGCCGCCAUCUUCCCUUCUCACUGGCGUGUGAAUGAGGUACUUGCAAAUGUCUUUGCAGAGGGUACCCGCGACGAUUACAAAGGCAUUCUAUCCAGAACCACACGCAACGGCCAGACGAUUGAUGUCAAGCUGCUGUUAUCUUGCCUCCAACAAACUCUGGACUUCGAACACGGUCUAGAGAGACGCUUCAAUCGAUCUUCCAGAACAUCAAUCGAUACUGUGACUUCUAGCAACGACAUGCCCUUGUUCGGACAACCCAUAUCGGACGCGUUUGAGCCGUAUUUGAGUCUCUGGGUAGAUGCUCAGGACAAAGAAUUGGCGAGCUUAUUGCCUCAAUAUAAGCAGAGGCCUACAAGGCUUGCAGAUGAGGAAUUUUCUUCUCAGCAGGUGAUUCCAUCGUCGACGGAAUUGUUCAACUUUUAUCGACAUUCAUUGUCUCAAUGCGCAAAGCUCUCGACUGGCCAACCGUUAUUGGAACUGUCUAAAGUAUUCGGACGUUAUCUAGACCAGUAUGCACAGCAAGUUCUGUUGUUUCAUAUCUCCGAAAAGUCAUCAGGAGGAACGCCGUCUAGAAUUCCAACCGUGGAAGAUGUCAUAUUGGUUCUGAACACGGCCGACUAUUGCUUCAACACCUCCAACUCAUUGGAAGAAAAGAUCAAAAGUCGCAUCGACGAGAAUCUCAGGGACAGCGUGGAUCUACAAAGCCAAGCAGACGCUUUCAUGGGCAUAGCCAGUGCAGCUGUUCGAGGCUUAGUGCGACGAGUCGAGGUCGACCUUGAACCCAGCUGGAGAGAGAUGAGAAAUACCGCUUGGUCUAAGAUUGAGAGCUGUGAGAACCAAAGCUCCUACAUCACCGGACUUCAAAGCCGCAUCAAGGACCGGUCUGGGGAGAUUCUAGGGAUGUUGCACAAACAGCAAUAUGCGCGAGCGUUCGCGGACAACCUGGUGGAGCUUCUUGCUUCGACCUACAUUUCGAAUAUCGCGCAAUGCCGACCGAUCUCUGAAGGCGGUGCCGAACAGAUGCUGCUUGAUACUCACGAAAUCAGAAACACCUUGAGUCACAUUCUGCCAGGCACUCCACCCACACUGUUCAUAAAACGCGUCACGGCAGCCUUUGGCAAGAUCGAACCAUUGCUGAAGACACUUCAGGUCCGACCUUCGCCGCCUGAAGCUUUGGUACAGGCGUAUUUGAUCCACAUUGCUGAUCUCUCUGAAGCGAACUUCCGCAAAAUCCUCGAACUGAAAGGAAUCAAGACGAAAGCGGAUCAGAAUCAUCUCGUAGAGUUAUUUCAGAUGCACAAAUUCAGCCCUCGUUAUAAAGACUCACUGGUGGAGAAAUCCCCUUUGAUGACCCCGAUGAAUCUUUCGACAUCAGGUGUGGCACCAAUGCCAUCCUCCGCUCCGGCAGCAGCCUUACACAACUUGUCCGCAUUGGGUAAUUCUGCCGCAGCAUCGCUCAGCACUGCUAACCUUCCAGCCAACAUGAAGUUCGAUGCGUCUGGAUUUGGGAAUGCUAUCAUUGAUCGAUUCAGCAGUCCAAGCAUUGGUACGCCCAGAGACGGAGCACAAAGUCCACCUCCCGUCGGUGUGCCAGCCAUCAACGCACCAGGCGAAAGUGGAUUCUCUGGGGGAGAGGCCGGUGCGAAGUUGAAUGAGAACCUCAAGAACAUUGGCAAGUUCUUCAAGCGAGAUUUGGGAGGGUUUGGAGGCAUUGGUAGAUUUGGCAGCAAAGCAACGAGCCCUGCUCCACCGGAAGAUAGAGCACAUGCUCGAUAG